ACGCGGCCAAUCACACCAUGGCAGGAGCGCCUCGGGUCGACCAUUGGCCCCAGACAAAGCGCCGUCCGUGGUCGCGCGCAUCGAUUGCCGCAGCGCUGGCCAAUCCCCACAACACGGCGAUCCCGUCGUUGCCAUCAGCUCCAGAAUGCGAUACACUGUCCAGAAUUAUGGCGAGGACCUUACACGAUGGAUGGCAGCAACGUUGAAAUCACUCUUCAAUUCCCUUGGUCGUCGAGAUGCUGUUGCACUUGGCGUGGGUGGCCGCCGUGGCGACGGUGACAGCGAGUGCGGCCCAGACGACGACGACGACGGCGGCGCCCGUCCCGACGUCUGGCGAAAAGCUGUUUGAUGCGUGGAAACCGUUCACGACGCCGCUCGUGAUCCCGCAAGUUGUCGACAUGCGCAAGGGCGGCAGCGUCGCCAUGAACAUUGGCGAGACCCAGCACGCGUGGGGGUCGGGUGCUCCCACCGCGACGACCUACGGGUACGGCAAGGUCGGCGGCAACAUCACGACGCCUGGCCCGACCAUCCUCGUCAAGAAGGGCGUGCCCAUCUCAGUCACGUGGGUCAACGCGAUCCAGUCGGCCAAGCACUUGCUCGACAUGAACGUCGAGACGACCCUGAACCGGCUCGAGUCGUCGUGCUAUCCCAACUGCGGCGUCCCAGUCGUCACGCACGUCCACGGACUCGAGACGCCCGCCAAGUUUGACGGCCUCCCACACUACUCGAUCUACCGCAACCAGAGCUACACGGCGCGGUACAACAACUCGCAGUCCGGGUCGACCAAGAUGUACCACGACCACGCGAUCGGGCUGAGUCGGUUGAACGUAUGGGCCGGGCUCACGGGGCUGUACAUCAUUCAGGACGAAGAGCUCGAGGCGACGUACAAGUUGACCAACCUGGUGGACAUCCCGCUCCUCUUUCAGGACAAGAUCAUCGCGCCGGACGGCACGCUCGUGUACUCGUCCGUGAGCGUGUGCCAGACGGAAGGCACCAAGUGGGUGUCGGAAGCGUUCGGCGCCGUCAACACGGUCAACGGCGUCAUCAUGCCGUACGUGGACAUCCCGGCGAGUCAGGUCCGGCUGCGCUUUGUCAACAUGGCGAACGCGCGCAACUACAACUUUACGCUGCCGUUCGCGGACAAGUGCCAGCGGAUCGCGUCGGACUCGGGGUUUGUGGCCGAGCCGCAGCCGGUGGACCCGUCGGGCUUCAAGUUGUUUUCGCUCGAGCGCGCCGAGUUGGUGUGCGACUUUACAGACGUCCAGGUGGGCACGACGUUCGACUUGGAGGACACGACCGAGAUCGAGUCGUCGUACGCGUACGACCCGCGGCUGCUGCAAGUGCGCGUCGUCGCGCCCAAGACGGCGACGGCCAAGAUCGACGUGCCCAAGAAAAUGACUGCGUUCAAGGACUUGGAGGCGCUGUACAAAUCGACCAAGGGCAAGGUCCGGACGAUCACGUUGGGCGAGAUGGAAGACGACAAGCAGUGCCCGACCCAGCUCAUGAUUGUGCAGCACCAAAUGGUCGCGAACGUGACGACGAUCCACCACAAGCUCACGUGCACGUUGGGCAAGGUGGAGAAGUGGCAGUUCCGCAACCCGUCGGACGACGCGCAUCCGUUCCACUGGCAUUUGGUGAAUGCGCAAUGCGGCCCGGACGACAAGUCGAUCAACAAGAACGAGCUCAAGGACGUGGUCGUGAUCCCGAACGCGCGGCAGUCGCAAAACAUCACGCAAGUGUGCUACGUCGCGUGUGUGCCGGACCAGUUUUUGGUCGAAGGGUCGUCGGUGGGGCCGACAGACUACGGAUUCUCGACGGACGAGCCGUACCUGGCCCAUUGCCACAUCAUGGAGCACGAGGAGAACUCGAUGAUGUCUUGGUUCCAGCUGACCAAGGAGGACGACGCGAUGCCGAUCGACGACGGGUCGGUGCCGGACUUGACGCCGCCGAUCACGUCCGAAGUGAUCUGGUGCGCGUUGGGGAUGAGCGUGGUCGGCGGACUCGCCACGUGCUUGUCGGUGCUGGUGCUGUCGAUCAAGCGGUUGAACUUUUUAGCCGGGGACACGGCGAUGGCUGUCACGUUUGCGUUGUCGGCGGGGGUGAUGAUGUUCAUCGCGCUGGUGGAUUUGUGGCUGGAGGCGCUGGAAAAGUUGAACAGUGCGUUCGCGGUGGGGGGCACGGUCGAUUUGGAAGCGAUCGAGCAUGGGUUGGCGCCGGCGGGGGCCGAGGCACCGGUGUGCGACAACAACUGCCACGGGAAAGCGUUCUUGGCCGUCACCGGGUGCUUCUUUGGCGGCGUGUUUAUCAUUGUCCUCAUGGAAAUCAUUGUGCACCGCGUGUUCGACUUUCACGCGAAGCGGUUGGGCGACCAGUUGGCCGCAGCGCAACGCACCGCGAGCCCCGCCGUCAACGGUCCCCACGCGGUCGACGAAGAGCUGAUUGUGAAGACUCCCACGGGAGAGCCCGGGCAGUACGGCCGGAUGGGAGAAGACGAGGAGGAGGCGCUGACCGAGCAGUCGGAAGAAGAGCAGAAGAAGGGCCUCGGCCGCGCCGGGAUCAUGACGGGGAUUGCCAUCGCGAUCCACAACUUCCCUGAAGGUCUCGCCCUCUUUGUGGCGUCGCUGCAAGGGUUGCGCAGCGGGAUCGUGUUGGCUGUGGGCAUCAUCCUCCACAACUUUCCCGAAGGCGUAGCGAUUGCCGGCCCGGUGUACUACGCGACCAAGAGCUACAAGCAAGCGUUGUUCUGGACGGGGUUGAGCGGGAUUGCGCAGCCGUUGGGUGCCCUGGUGGGCUGGGCGACCGUGUCUGGCGGCGUGGACAACACGACGAUGGGGGUAUUGUACAGUCUCGUGGCGGGCAUGCUUGUGUGCAUUGCGGUCAAGGAGUUGUUGCCGGGGGCGUUCAAGUUUGGACCGAAGGUCUUUACCAAGAGCUUCUUCGCAGGCUUCCUCCUCAUGGCCAUCAGUGUCAUCUUGCUCAAGUUUAUGGGCUCGAGUUAGACAAAGCUGAUUUAUUUUCGAGUCUUAAUGGACGUCAUCGUCACGACGGGUUUCAGCCUCUCCUGCUUUAUGUGGCGUGUAUGGUCUGCCACAGAUGCUCUACCAACCUAAUCCCUUGGAAACUAAACGGCUGCACCUCGUGUCUU